GUGUCAGCAGGGGUCAGGGACGGGCUUCUGGGUUUGGGUGCACGCGUCCAAAGGAGUGCAGCCUUUAUCCACAGGUGCAAUUAGAACACCCAUCUCACACUGCUGAAAACUCAGAUAUGGCACUGCUGACCACCGCCCCACGAUGCGACAUCAGGGGUCAGAUAUUAGGCUGGCGCUGUGCAGAUAAACAAGUGUAUAUGUUGGUGCGCCAGGAAGAUAAAACUCGCGCCUGGAGAGGACCAGGUGAGCGGGACUGGAGGCUUGUGGGACGCGCGGGACCCUCGGGCCGCCUUCCGCCGCCGCCCGGUGUCACCCGAGCCCCACCUGUUUACCAGCGGCCCCGCCCGCCCCGGCCCGGCCGGGCAGGUCGGGGCGGGCGCGCUCUGAGUCACCGGAAUCUAGGUGGGGCCGCCCGGAGCGGCGUCCUCGGGAGCCGCCUCCCCGCGGCCUCUUCGCUUUUGUGGCGGCGCCCGCGCUCGCAGGCCACUCUCUGCUGUCGCCCGUCCCGCGCGCUCCUCCGACCCGCUCCGCUCCGCUCCGCUCGGCCCCGCGCCGCCCGUCAACAUGAUCCGCUGCGGCCUGGCCUGCGAGCGCUGCCGCUGGAUCCUGCCCCUGCUCCUACUCAGCGCCAUCGCCUUCGACAUCAUCGCGCUGGCCGGCCGCGGCUGGUUGCAGUCUAGCGACCACGUCCAGACGUCCUCGCUGUGGUGGAAAUGCUCCCAAGAGGGCGGCGGCAGCGGGUCCUACGAGGAGGGCUGUCAGAGCCUCAUGGAGUAUGCGUGGGGUAGAGCAGCAGCUGCCAUGCUCUUCUGUGGCUUCAUCAUCCUGGUGAUCUGUUUCAUCCUCUCCUUCUUCGCCCUCUGUGGACCCCAGAUGCUUGUCUUCCUGAGAGUGAUUGGAGGUCUCCUUGCCUUGGCUGCUGUGUUCCAGAUCAUCUCCCUGGUAAUUUACCCCGUGAAGUACACCCAGACCUUCGCCCUUCAUGCCAACCCCGCUGUCACUUACAUCUAUAACUGGGCCUACGGCUUUGGGUGGGCAGCCACGAUUAUCCUGAUCGGCUGUGCCUUCUUCUUCUGCUGCCUCCCCAACUACGAAGAUGACCUUCUGGGCAAUGCCAAGCCCAGGUACUUCUACACGUCUGCCUAACUUGGGAAUGAAUGUGGGAGAAAAUCGCUGCUGCUGAGAUGGACUCCAGAAGAAGAAACUGUUUCUCCAGGCGACUUUGAACCCAUUUUUUGGCAGUGUUCAUAUUAUUAAACUAGUCAAAAAUGCUAAAAUAAUUUGGGAGAAAAUAUUUUUUAAGUAGUGUUAUAGUUUCAUGUUUAUCUUUUAUUAUGUUUUGUGAAGUUGUGUCUUUUCACUACCUAUUCUAUGCCAAUAUUUCCUUAUAUCUAUCCAUAACAUUUAUACUACAUUUGUAAGAGAAUAUGCACGUGAAACUUAACACUUUAUAAGGUAAAAAUGAGGUUUCCAAGAUUUAAUAAUCUGAUCAAGUUCUUGUUAUUUCCAAAUAGAAUGGACGGGGUCUGUGAAGGGCUAAGGAGAAGAGGAAGAUAAGGUUAAAAGUUGUUAAUGACCAAACAUUCUGAAAGAAAUGCAAAAAAAAAGUUUAUUUUCAAGCCUUCGAACUAUUUAAGGAAAGCAAAAUCAUUUCCUAAAUGCAUAUCAUUUGUGAGAAUUUCUCAUUAAUAUCCUGAAUCAUUCAUUCUAGCUAAGGCUUCAUGUUGACUCGAUAUGUCAUCUAGGAAAGUACUAUUUCAUGGUCCAAACCUGUUGCCAUAGUUGGUAAGGCUUUCCUUUAAGUGUGAAAUAUUUAGACGAAAUUUUCUCUUUUAAAGUUCUUUAUAGGGUUAGGGUGUGGGAAAAUGCUAUAUUAAUAAAUCUGUAGUGUUUUGUGUUUAUAUGUUCAGAACCAGAGUAGACUGGAUUGAAAGAUGGACUGGGUCUAAUUUAUCAUGACUGAUAGAUCUGGUUAAGUUGUGUAGUAAAGCAUUAGGAGGGUCAUUCCUGUCACAAAAGUGCCACUAAAACAGCCUCAGGAGAAUAAAUGACUUGCUUUUCUAAAUCUCAGGUUUAUCUGGGCUCUAUCAUAUAGACAGGCUUCUGAUAGUUUGCAACUGUAAGCAGAAACCUACGUAUAGUUAAAAUCCUGGUCUUUCUUGGUAAACAGAUUUUAAAUGUCUGAUAUAAAACAUGCCACAGGAGAAUUCGGGGAUUUGAGUUUCUCUGAAUAGCAUAUAUAUGAUGCAUCGGAUAGGUCAUUAUGAUUUUUUACCAUUUCGACUUACAUAAUGAAAACCAAUUCAUUUUAAAUAUCAGAUUAUUAUUUUGUAAGUUGUGGAAAAAGCCAAUUGUAGUUUUCAUUAUGAAGUUUUCCCAAUAAACCAGGUAUUCUAAA